AUGCCUUUCAUCAAACCCUAUCUCAGCACAGAUAUACAACCAACAUUAGGAGUUGUGAAUUCUGGGCAAAGUGGCAGUAAUGCGUAUGCCAUCAAUGGAGGAGAUACUCGUUCGUGUAACUUCCUUACAUCGCAACAACCUGAUGGAGAUGUAGACGAUAUGUCACAGGGCAGCGGUAGCGUUCCAAUGUUAACAAAGGCCAAAAUUGUGAACUUCGACUGUGUUGAAGCACUUGUAUCCAUUGUAAGGAAGAAACUGAGAAGAAUUGUGUUGGAGGCAGACCUGAACGAAUGUCUUCUCUCGAUCUCACCAGAACGAUCAUUCAACCCUGAUAUAGACCAGACAGAUGAGGACGGAUGCACUUCGCUCUACAAAGCGGCUUCAAACGGUCAUUUGAUGAGGGUUAAAUUUCUCGUUGCAAACGGCGCAAACCCAAAUCAAGCAAAUAAAGAUGGGCGCAGGGCUCUCCAUGGAGCAGCUGAAGACGGACAUACAGCUAUCGUAAAACUCCUCGUGAAGCAGGGAGCAGAUGUGGAUGCCGAAUGUGAUCUGGGUCAGACAGCUCUUCAUACUGCUGUACACAACAAUAAAAAUCUCUCUGCAUUGUUUCUUAUUUUCAACGGAGCAGAUAUUUACAAACGGGAUAAUCAUGGAAGAACUCCUUUACACAUGGCAGCGGCAGAUGGGAACAUUCAGAUCUGUCAAAUCCUAGUUGAUGAAACAUGUGACUUAAAUGUAGAAGAUGACAUGGGUCUAACAGUUCUUCACCAUGCAGUGAGAAAUGGCAAUUCCAAUAUUGUCAACUAUCUCCUCGAGAAAGGGGCUAAGGAGACUCCUUAUGGAGGAGAUAGUCUCCUCUUUGCGUCAGCAUCGUUUGGCAACUUAGAUUUGGUCAAGCUUUUUAUUUCCAGAGGCGGCGAUGUGAACGAGGAAAACAGCAUCGGACAAAAUCCUCUCCACGUAGCAGCUUCGAAGGGAUACCUUGACAUUACCAAAUGUCUCGUUCAAGAAGGAUGUGACAUGAAUAACGGGGAUCACGAGGAUUUCACACCAAUCCACGGGGCAGUGUUAAACGGUCAUUUGGAUGUACUUGAUUAUCUCAUAACACAGGGAGCAGAGAUCACCAAGUACGAUGGAAAGAGCGUUCUGCAGUUGGCAGCUAUCCAUGGUCACCUGGACAUACUCCAAUACUUCAUGAAGAUGGGAGCUGAUGUCAGUGAGCUAGAUGACAGUGGACAAACUCCUCUCCAUUUGGCAGCAGGUAGGGGCCACUUAGACGUCGUGAAAUAUCUCAUUGAACAAGGAUCGAAAAUAGACAAACAAGAUCAUCGUGGUUACUCACCUCUCCACAUUGCAGCUGCAAAAGGUCGACUUGAUCUCGUCAAAUACCUUACAGACCAAAACUGCUACAAGAAAGAAUUCGAUAACACAAGUUUUACACCAUUAGCUUUGGCAGCUAUACAUGGACAUUUGGAUACCGUCAAGUAUCUUGCGGAUAGGGGAGUUGAUGAAACGGCCUCACUCUAUGGAGCAGCAUUAUCUGGUCAUUUGGAUAUCGUCAGGUUCUUCAUGAAUCGCAUUUCACUUCAUCUGGCAGCUUCCGAUGAUGACUUAGACAACGUGCAGUAUCUCGUGCAACAAGGGUUUGAUAUCAAUAGCUGCGAUGAGAAAGGCUGGACACCAUUGGAGUACGCAAUUCAGAAUAACAAUUGUGAGGUCAUAGACUAUCUUCUUAAGAAAGGAGCAGAAGGGGACCAAUGUAAGGAAAAAAGUCCACUCUACAUGGCAUCUAGACUUGGCCACUUGGAUGCAGUAAACGUUAUGAUUUCAAGACGGAUUUCAGUAAAUGCAGAGACUCUCAGAGGACAGAUUCCCCUCCACGCUGCUGCUGCCACCGGAAGAAUUGAAGUCGUUAAAACUCUCGUUCAGAACGGAUCGGAUUUGAACAAGACUGACAUUGACGGAUGGACGCCACUUCACGCUGCAGUCCAAAAUGGCCAUCUGGAAGUCGUUAGGUAUCUCAUGUGGAAAGGAGCGAUAGACAUCGAAUAUAGAGGCAUGACUUCUCUCUUCAUUGCAGCUCAAAGUGGUCACCUAGAUAUCGUCAAACACCUUAAUCACGGAACGGCUAAUGUGAAUGAUGAAGACAAUUUGGGUCGGAUUCCUCUCCAUGGUGCAGUAAUGAAAGGUGAUAUCGAACUCGUCCACUAUCUAGUUGAACAAGGAUCAGAUGUGAACAAGGGUGAUAUCAAUGGAUGCACCCCGAUGCAUAUUGCACUUCAAAACGGCAACUUGUUUAUUGUGCAGUAUUUGAUAGAGAAAGAUGCCAAGUUAACCAAGUACGAAGGAAUGACACCACUCUAUAUCGCAUCACUCGAAGGUCACUUGGAAAUAGUUGAUCUCUUCCUUUCUUAUGGCGCUGAUGUAAAUGAGGAAAAUCGCUCAGGGCGUAUUCCUCUUCAUGCUGCUGCAGCCAAUGGUUCACCUGAGAUCGUCCAAAAGCUCAUCAAUCAUGGAGCAAACGUGAACAAGAUGGCCGACAGUGGUUGGACUCCAUUACACGAGGCAGUCCACAGUGGCAGGUCGGAUAAUGCACAAUAUCUGAUUUCCCAUGGAGCUACGAAAACGAGGUUCGAAGGAAUGACUGCUCUCUACAUUGCUGCUCAGCAUGGUCAUACAGACUUAAUGACCUACUUUGUUACCACAGGAUGUGAUGUAAAUGAGGAGACGACUAGCGGCAAAACUCCUCUUUUGGCUGCUUGUUAUAAUGGCGACAUGGAUUCUGUGGAAAUGCUGGUUAUUGAGAGUGCCUGUAUUAAUCAGGCUGACAGAAACAAAUGGACACCACUCCACGCAGCGGCACAAGAAGGACACUUGCCUGUAGUUACUUACCUGGUAGAAAAUGGAGCAGACACAAAUGCCAAAGAUACAGACGGAAUGACACCACUUCAAGCAGCAGAAGAUGCAGGCCAUGAAGAUGUAAAACAAUUUCUCAGUCGGUUCAGAGUAGGAGUACAAGAUGAACGGCAUAAAGAUACAGAUAAGACAGAUGGGAUGACACCACUCCAAGCAGCAGUAGAUGCAGGACAAGAUGGUCAACAGUUUAUCAUUCGUUUCAGAGCAGAAAAAGACAAUGAACAGCAUGAUGGUACAGAGAAGAGCCUUCGAUCUGACAGAAGCUGCCCAGAGGUGUUCAGAUGUUAUUGGAUGUACGAAGUCUCCUCUUGUGACGAGUUGACCUUAAAUGUCACGAAGGCUUCUUUCUCUACGGAAAAUCGCUGGCGAACGGACCCUGAUAGACUUUCCCGACAUAUCAAGACAACUAUUCGCCCUACACGUGAGUCGUGUGUUUCCGAACCAAAGACACAACUUCAUGGAGGUGAGGUACCAGCAACCGAUGAUUUGCGUGUCACCAGCAUGACCAAUGAAAACGACCCAGUGGAUCCUAAACUGGAAAUAAAGAAUCCCUGGCGGGUUAACUUUGUUACCCUUAUCGUACAUAUCAAGAAAACUAGUCGUUCUAUACGGUAAGAAUCUGUGGUUUGUGGCUUUUUUGUGUCUAAGACAUAAGUAUACCACCUUACCUUAUCUGGCAUGUGGAAGUGGAGGUAAUACUUUAUUAACAUAAAUAUAUAUUAUUGAUGUAAGAGGAAGAAAAUACUGUCUUUGGAAAAAAAAAAGGACUAUAAAAAACGAUUGC